CUCUGCAAACCCUGCAGCGGUGGGCCGGUCAGCACCAACAUGGCACUGGCCCAGGAGCUGUACAGCUUCCCAGCCUCCAAGCUGGACUUCUUCGUGGCUCAGUGGCUGCAGCCGACCAGAGAGUGGAAAGAGGAGGUGCUGGAGACUGUGAGGACAGUGGAACAGUUCCUGAGGCAGGAGAACUUCCAUGGAGAACGUGGACUGGCCCGGGGUGUGCGGGUGCUGAAGGUGGUCAAGGUGGGCUCCUUCGGGAAUGGCACGGUGCUUAGGAGUACCACGGAUGUGGAGCUGGUGGCGUUCCUGAGCUGCUUCCACAGCUUCCAGGAAGAGGCUAAGCACCACCACACUAUACUGAGGCUGAUGCAGAAAAAGAUGUUCUAUUGCCAAGACCUUCUGGACCUCGGGCUCGAUAACCUUGGAGUGACCGAAGGAGUUCCCAGUGGUCUCAUCUUCACUAUUCGGACAAGGGAGACCUGGGAGCCUAUCACUGUCACCAUCAUUCCGGCCUACAGAGCCCUGGGGCCUUCCUGUCCCACCUCUCAGUUACCCCCAGAGGUCUAUGUGAAUCUGAUCAAGGCUAAUGGGUACCCUGGAAAUUUCUCUCCAUCCUUCAGCGAGCUACAGAGAAACUUUGUGAAGCAUCGGCCAACUAAGCUGAAGAGCUUCCUGCGGUUGGUCAAACACUGGUACCAGCAGUAUGUGAGAAACAAGUGCCCCCGGGCCAAUCUUCCCCCUUUCUAUGCCCUGGAACUACUAACUGUCUAUGCAUGGGAAGCAGGCACCCAGGAAGAUGCUAACUUCAGGCUGGAUGAAGGGCUCGCCACUGUGAUGGAGUUGCUCCAGGAUCACGAACUCAUCUGCAUCUACUGGACCAAGUACUACACACUGCAGAAUCCAGUCAUCGAGGACUGUGUCAGGAGACAGCUCAAACGAGAAAGACCCAUCAUCCUGGACCCAGCAGACCCCACCCACAAUGUGGCAGAAGGAUACAGAUGGGACAUAGUUGCUCAGCGGGCCAACCAGUGUCUGAAACAGGACUGUUGCUAUGACAACAGCGACACCCCGAUCCCCAGCUGGACUGUGAAGAGAGCACCAGAUAUCCAGGUGACAGUGGAGCAGUGGGGUCACUCCGAUUUAAUCCUCUGGGUGAACCCUUAUGAACCCAUAAGUAAACUUAAAGAGAAAAUCCGCCGGAGCCGGGGCUACUCAGGCCUGCAGCGUCUGUCCUUUCAGGAACCCGGUGGCCCACGGCAGCUCCUCAGAAGCCAUUGCUCACUGGCCUAUUACGGAAUCUUCUCCCACGUCCACAUCUGUCUGCUGGACACCAUCUCCCCUGAGAUCCAGGUCUUUGUGAAAAACCCGGAUGGUGGGAGCCACGCCUACGCCAUUCAUCCAUUUGACUUCGUCCUGAACCUGAAACAGCAGAUUGAAGACAGGCGGGGCUUUCCAAGCCAGGAGCAGCAGCUGGAGUUCCAGGGCCGUGUCUUGCAGGACUGGUUUGACUUUAAAUCCUAUGACAUCCAAGACAGUGUCACCCUCAUCCUGUCCAAGAAGAAGGAGGGGAAAUCUCCAUUUGCACCCAGCUAGUUUCCUCUGUGAGCUCUGCAUUUUUGCUCCCUCUCUUAUCCUAGACUCAGCAUAGUGGUCCUUUCAGACUCUGCUGGGAUGGUUCAAGUCUUCAGUACCCUGCCAGGAGGGAACCAGAAAGGAUGUGCAAAGUCGUAUACAAACAGGCAAUAUCCGGACACUCUGUGUGACAAUGGAAUUCUGCAGUCACUGCUGCAAUCCUCAUAGCCACACUAUCAGGACUUGGUUAGUAAAUGGCAGUUUCACUAAUAAAUUCUUAACUUGUUCAGAGGAAGCCAAAUAGGCUUCUCAACCAAUUACAUGGACCCAGCUUCAGGUUGUCUCAUCUCCAACUUCCCUACACCAGCAACCUCCAUCAGGGUGUAUCUGAAGCCUUCCCUGUCCCCUGCUCCCCUUCUGCCUGCCUCUGACUAUCAAAGGCAAGGUAGGACAUCAAGUUCCUUUUAAAUUGAAAAUAAACAGACUUUGUUUCUUCCCA